GGCCGGCGGCGGCCGCGAUCUCGCCCGGGUAGCGGGAGGCUGAGCGGGCGGCGCGACGCGGGGGCCGACGGGGGCGCGGGUGGCCGCGCCGGAAGUGCCCUGCGCGGCAGAGGAAGCGCAGGGACAGAGCGGAGCAGGCCGAGCCGGCGGAAAGGCUCUUUGCUGCUCCGCCCGGGCAGGGGCUGCCGCGGCCCCAGGUCCCUCUUCGAGACGCGGCGCGGUCCAGGCGGGCGGCGACUCCCUAGGAAGGGACCCGGGGCGGGAGGAGGAAGUGAGGAGGCCGCGCGGAAGGAAGGCGGCGAGCCCCGAGGCCCCGAGGCCUUGGCCGCGUCACAGCACCCACAUGGCCUCUGGAGUGGGCGCGGCCUUCGAGGAGCUGCCUCACGACGGCACGUGUGACGAGUGCGAGCCCGACGAGGCUCCGGGGGCCGAGGAAGUGUGCCGAGAAUGCGGCUUCUGCUACUGCCGCCGCCAUGCCGAGGCGCACAGGCAGAAGUUCCUCAGUCACCACCUGGCCGAAUACGUCCACGGCGCCCAGGCCUGGACCCCGCCAGCUGACGGGGAGGGGGCGGGGAAGGAAGAAGCGGAGGUCAAGGUGGAGCAGGAGAGGGAGAUAGAAAGCGAGGCAGGGGAAGAGAGUGAAUCGGAGGAAGAGAGCGAGUCAGAGGAAGAGAGCGAGACAGAGGAAGAGAGUGAGGAUGAGAGCGAUGAGGAGAGUGAAGAAGACAGCGAGGAAGAAAUGGAGGAUGAGCAAGAAAGCGAGGCCGAAGAAGACAACCAAGAAGAAGGGGAAUCCGAGGCGGAGGGAGAAACUGAGGCAGAAAGUGAAUUUGACCCAGAAAUAGAAAUGGAAGCAGAGAGAGUGGCCAAGAGGAAGUGUCCGGACCAUGGGCUCGAUUUGAGCACCUAUUGCCAGGAAGAUAGGCAGCUCAUCUGUGUCCUGUGUCCAGUCAUUGGGGCUCACCAGGGCCACCAACUCUCCACCCUAGAUGAAGCCUUUGAAGAAUUAAGAAGCAAAGACUCAGGUGGACUGAAGGCUGCUAUGAUCGAAUUGGUGGAAAGGUUGAAGUUCAAGAGCUCAGACCCUAAAGUAACUCGGGACCAAAUGAAGAUGUUUAUACAGCAGGAAUUUAAGAAAGUUCAGAAAGUGAUUGCCGAUGAGGAGCAGAAGGCCCUUCAUCUAGUGGACAUCCAGGAGGCAAUGGCCACAGCUCAUGUGACUGAGAUACUGGCAGACAUCCAGUCCCACAUGGAUAGGUUGAUGACUCAGAUGGCCCAAGCCAAGGAACAACUUGAUACCUCUAAUGAAUCAGCUGAGCCAAAGGCAGAGGGCGAUGAGGAAGGACCCAGUGGUGCCAGUGAAGAAGAGGACACAUGAAGGCUUGCUACCCCCAGUGGAAAAUCAUCCCCUCCCCUUGUGUGUAUGUGACAGCGUGUAUGUAAUGGCUUCUGAUUUCUGUGAAAGCUGCUCAGCAACAAACGUACUUCCACCAGAUGUGUCCCCAGAUCCACAGCAGGCACAUAUCUCUCCAAGGGAUGACCAGUUUUAUGCUUACUGACUGUGUGCUUCUCAUCCUCUGGUUGUGGUAGGUCAAGGAAAAGAGCCCUUUGAUCCACCAGAAGCAAUUAAGAAGGGUCCUUCAGGUAAUCUCUCAAUGGCUGCUUUGAACUUACUCAGGAAAGCCAGCCCCGAUAAUAUUGUAUUACCAAACAAUAUCGCUUUGUUAGGAAGGAUCUGGAAUAAUCUUGAAGGGAAAUCAGAGUUUUCUCCCUGCCUAUUAACAAAAACCCAAUUUUGUUCAUAUUGAAGCAUGAAAUAAAUGAGAGCAAGGUAGGGCCAAAUUGACUCAUGUGGACAGUCCCUAAAAGUCCAGUUCUACAUUUGUGAAAAUUGUGGUGCCAUGAAUUAAGAUGGAUGACUGGAAAAAGGUGUUGGAGAAAGAGUUAAAGAUUAGGAAGAGAUAUUUUUAGUGUAUGAAGUUAUCCAGGACUUGAGAUUCAUAAUUCAGUGCUGUGGAAAUGAAAAACAUGAUUGAAGAGGUGGAAUGGAAAUGACCUUAGGGGGAAAGAAAAGGACCAAAGAAGUCUGAUUAAAAGUUGAAAUCAGUAUUUCUGAAUUCAAAUUGCUUGAAUUUCCAAAAUAGUCAGUAAAGGAUCUAAUAGAACCAGAAUUAUUUGGGUGAAUUCUGCAGGUUUUAUGGGCUUGUCACAACGUGAAGGGCUGGAAUGUAUAUUACCAAAUGGGAAUUUCCACUGUAGGUUUUUUCUAGUCCCACCCCCAUUUUAGUCUAAUUUGGCUUAAAUGCAGUAUGGGGAGAAUUGUUCCCACUCCAUGUGUUCUGAAUUCAGCUCAUCUCCCAGCAUAUAGCUAUAUCCUCCUUUAACUCCGACCAGAACCCUUCUUCCUGCGGCACUCCCCACCCAUAGACCUUCAGAUCAUCUCCCACACCCUAGAUCUCACUUUCCUUUAGUAACAGAGACACACCUGAGGUUGGACUUCCUUGCUUUUCUCUACUCCCAAAUCACAAUUUCUUACAACCAAGCUUUGUGCUCCCGAGUAAGCAGGGAUGUACUAGGGGAAUCUAAAACUGCAAACUUAAAAACCUGCGUCUUCUUGAAGCAUCAGUUUUACUUACCUUACCAAAUGGUUUAGAGUCAUGAGAUGACCUAUUUUUAUAUAAAAGUUAUAUUAUAGAAUAAAAUGUUCAUACACAUAGACUGUUAAGAUAAAAAAAUAGGAAUCUUGCAAGGUAAUUCUUAUUUGCAAGUGGGUUAUGUGUUCACUCUCCUCUACCUUUAUGGUAUUUUGGUGUUCACUUAUGAAGCAUACAACUAGAACCAUAUCCAAGCAGACUCUGGGUUGCUGUUAACCCAGGGCCUAGACUUCUAGUGCCUCUGAGGCAGAACCAAAGGAGCCUGCACUGGGGGAAAUCCCUUUUCCUGCCUGCCUGUCUGCCUGUGACCUGUGUACCUGUUACAGGCUUUAGGGUCAGCUGAUUGUUAUGCUUGCAGGAUGGUUUUGAAACAGAAACAAUACUUGUUUACUGUAGGAAUCCUAUUUAUGCUAUUUUUCAGUCCUGUGAAUGCUGUGAAAUGAUUUAUUCCUUUGAGGCCAGGAAGCUCCCAGGCAUAUAUGCUUCUAGGUUAGGAUUGUCCUAACUCACUAAAGAUGCCAGGAUAUUGGGGCUGAGAGGAGUUUGAGGUGUUUAAAAAAAAAAAAAAGCAUUUUUCUCUCAAACUGAUGGCCAAGAAAUGGCUAGGACAAUUUUGGUGCUUUACCUAUCUCUGCAAAGAACUGGAGAAUUUGGCAUACCAUUAAUUACAACCUCCAAUCAUAUCCAACAAAAGUACCCUAAAAGAAGGACCAGUAGCCACUCUCGAAAAAAUUUAAGUAUCGGAAGAUUAAAAAGAUUUUAGGAUUUGGAAGCUUGUUUUGUCUUUCCCCAAUAAUCAUUGUUUGAUUUCCAAAUAGUAGCCUUAUAUUAGCAAUGGACAGAUCAUUGGUUCUCCAUAUCUGAUCAUAUGUUACUACUUUGAAUCAGUAUUUGGGAAAUUCAAGCAUUUAUGCAGUGGAUAUAAAUGGAAAUAUAAAAAUAUGUGCCAACCUGUCUCAGUAACUUACCAUAUCUCUGUGAUCCUCAAGGAAAGCACUUUACUUAGAAAGGGUUUCAGAUUUGCUUUAUAGACUCCUGCUGUCUUCAGCACCUGAUAAAACUUUAACCAGGGAAGCAUUAAACACAGUGCAGCAGCUUUUGCCCAGGCUCCUAAGUUCCUGCCAGCAGCAUUUAUCAAUGUAAGAACUAGGAUGCUUCCUGCAGUGGCACUACCUUCCCCUAGAGCUGGAGCAUGCUGCUUGGCCUUAAGCCCCAGCAUGAUGAGGCUUCCCUCCUGCCAGGUCAGUAAAAGUUAGAGAGCUCAGAAUUGUGUCUUGCCUGGCUGCAGGUUGCAGGGUUUGCUGAAAGAGAAGUCACCAAGGGAGACAGGUAAUGAAUGUUUCCAGAAUCAGUUGGAUACUCAUAGCAAUUUCUGGCUACGUUUCAAAUGUUGAAUUUCUGGAUGCUGAGAGGGACUUUGAUUUGAUAUCAUUAAAUCCAGGACAGUCCCAAGAAGGGCUUGGAGUCUCGGCUCUGACAGCCCAAGAAGGGAAAUAACUUGUAUUAAGGAACAACUAUGAGCCAGGCCCUGAAGUGUCUCUUAGAUAAUAAAACAGAUGGGGAGUGGAAGAGUCAUUUGCUUCAAGUUAUACAGCUAGGAAAUACUCAAGCCAAAUCUUGAACCCGGCUCCCCCUAAUUCUGUGGACAGGCACUUUGUACCACACACCAUGGUCCACCUAAAAACAGAAGGAUAAAAAGACUUCAGGUUUUCCCACUGUGUGCUGACCAUCCCAAUUUAUGAAUCUUUUUCAAAAUGACAUUUCACAAUUAUAGUUAGGGCUCAGAAAUGGCAUUGAGAUAGCCUUAUUUCUCCCCUUUAGCAGAUGCUUUAAGUACACAUUGCUGACUUGAGCCCACCCCCAGGAGUUGGGAGAACAUUGCCUUUUUCAUGCCAUCUUCCAUAAAUAAGGUGUUUCUUGGCCUUCAAAGGUAUAGAACUUUGCAGCAGUAGUAAAAGUGAAGGGUGUUCUGCUCUCUACUCAACUUUAUUUGAAAAUGUCUGCAGCUUCACUGCUGUAGAAAAGGAAAUCUUCAUAUUUUAGUAAACUUAGCCGCCAGUGUGCUCUGUGAGGAUGUGGCAAUUCAAAGUCCAGUGAAUCUGGACUCUCUUACUGAUUCUUGGUUUGUGUGUGUGUACCUAUAUAUAAAUGACAAGUGUGAUAUGUGUGUAUAUGUAUAUACAUACAUACAUGUCCACACACACACACACAAUAUUUGAGAACUAAGGAAAACUCAAAGCAGCCCCUUCAUUAUCUUGCAUACUACUUCAAAGAUUUCCGUCAGCCCUAAUUACAAGUGUUGCCAUAUAGUUGGGGCUUAGGUACUUGCUUACAAGAAGAGCAAUUCCCUAGCAAAGGUCAUUAGCUCCUAAGGCACUGAGUCAAAGUGACAGCCCUGAAGGAAAUUGCACUCCAGCCCUCCUCCAGGAUGUCUAAUAAGAUGGGAAACUUGGAUGCCCAGCCAUUUUGGUGACCUGAGAGUCUUAACUACUCCAGUUAGACCUGAGGGCACAAAUGCAGAAUUCAUGACCUUGUAGUAGCGGCAGGGUCUAGGAAGUCCUCUCUCCCCAAGUAGAAAAUAUUCUCUUGCCAUUCCUGAAAUUCCACAUUCAUAUAAUGGCUGUGCAAUACAUGCUUCUCAAUAAGAAAAUUAACUGCAUGUUUACUGUGUACUGAUCACAUCAGAUUUUUAUGUUUAAAAAAAUCUCAUUAUGGAUUGAGUCCAGCCCAGCUCUAAGAGAAAAAGAAGGCCCAUAUGGGAGACUUCAGUCUCAUUAUUAUUGCCCUUAUCCAGCAGUGCUUAUGAAGCCCCCUACCCUGUCCCAUUCCAGAAACCAUAAGACUCAGGCAGUUCUUGCUUCUGGAGGCCUGCCUGGUAAGAUAAGAUAGUAUCAUUUGGACUGAGAACAUACCAGAAACAGCAGAACAAGGGCCAGAGCAGAAAAAUGAAAAUAAGUGGAGACACUUAUGGAUACAUUGGUGCAAAAAAAGCCACAGAGCCCAUACUGGGCUUGAUAUGACUUUGAGGGGACAGCAGAUUAAUACUUAAUGAGGGUUAAACCUGACCAGUCUUUCUACAGUGACAGGCCACACUGCAUGAAUGGGGAGAACCAAUGAAUCCAUUGUCCUCUGCCUAUUUUCCUGUGCACAGUCACAUUCCCUCCUUAGGAAUCUUCCCCUUCCACCCUUUACAUUAAACAAGGGAACACUGAAUCUUUCAAGGGAAUUACGUUUGAGUUAAUGUUUCAGUAUAUCAUUUUCAUACUGUAAAUUAUUUUGUAAGAGAGAUUUACUGCUAUCCCAGGAUGUUCGGACUUGGUGCCCCUGUGCAUUUGGAAAUCAAUAAACUAUUACUGGAAAUGCCA